CACCAAAUAGGCAAAUAGCUGUAUUGGGAAUUUCAGAACCCAAAAAAAAAUCACAUUAAAAUAGCCAAUAGUUUUCUGUAUUAAUCAUUUCUAUUUCAAAAAAAAAAAAAAAACAGGAAUUAAGAAAAAUCAGUAGCCGUCAGAUAAAGUAUCUAACAACAAAUUAUGUCGGGAAUUUGACGGUGAUCCUCAUUUCUCUAACAGAAAUUCAGAGCCACCGGAGAGGAAGAAGAAGAGGGGGGUGGGGGAUUUUCAGGGAGAAAAAAAGUUUGUUUGAUUUGGUUCUUUCAUCAGAAUCCGUUGCCGAUCUUUAAUUUCAUUUCUUUUGCUUCUUCUUCUUGUUCUUGCCGUUGAUAUAUCAAGAAAUGUGAAUUUUGCGAUAUGCGCCAUUUGUGACUUGAAAUUUAUUGGGUGGAGAGAAAGAUUGAAUCUUUUUCUCUAUUUGAUAAUUGGGUCAAAGUGGGUUGCUUUCAGAUUUUGUAAAGGAGCAAUGGAAAUGGAGAACAUUGAGUGUGUUUCGUCAACUGAUGGUAUUGAAGAUGAAGAGAUCCAGUUAUCUCAUAAUCAUCAAUUUUCUUCUGCAAAACCUCAUAAUAUUCUUCUUCCCGGACUUGCCCCUACUAGUGUACAUGAAUUGCUUGAAUGCCCCGUUUGCACCAAUUCUAUGUAUCCACCAAUUCAUCAGUGUCACAAUGGGCACACACUUUGUUCUACCUGCAAAACAAGGGUGCACAAUCGAUGUCCUACAUGUAGACAAGAGCUUGGUGAUAUAAGGUGCUUAGCACUGGAGAAGGUUGCAGAGUCACUUGAACUGCCUUGCAAAUAUUUUUCUUUGGGAUGCCCAGAAAUAUUCCCAUAUUACAGUAAGCUCAAGCAUGAGGCACUGUGCAAUUUUAGACCAUACAAUUGCCCAUAUGCUGGAUCAGAAUGUUCAGUGACUGGCGACAUCCCUUAUUUGGUUUCACAUUUAAGAGAUGAUCACAAAGUGGAUAUGCACACGGGAUGCACAUUCAACCAUCGCUACGUGAAAUCAAAUCCUCGAGAAGUAGAAAAUGCCACAUGGAUGCUGACGGUCUUCCAUUGUUUUGGACAGUAUUUCUGUCUCCACUUUGAGGCCUUCCAGCUUGGUAUGGCCCCUGUUUAUAUGGCCUUUCUACGAUUUAUGGGUGAUGAAUCUGAGGCACGCAAUUACAGUUAUAGUCUCGAAGUAGGAGGAAAUGGUAGAAAGCUCAUAUGGGAGGGAACACCAAGAAGUGUUCGAGAUAGCCACCGCAAGGUCAGGGACAGUCAUGAUGGUCUAAUAAUCCAACGUAACAUGGCACUUUUCUUUUCUGGAGGGGAUCGAAAGGAGCUAAAACUUCGAGUUACUGGAAGGAUAUGGAAAGAACAGCAAAAUCCAGAAGGUGGAGUGUGCAUACCAAAUCUGUGUAGCUAAUUUAUUUCUCGGAGUGAUUGUUUUUUUUUUUCCUUUUCCUUUACUUUUCCCUCCCCUAUUUUUUCCUGUGGAUGUAUGUGCGUGUGACAGUGGGUGUAAAGAGACAGACAGCAAUCUGUUUGUACCCUCGGAACUUCAUGCUCUGCCCAGCUACAUAUCAUUGUCCCUGAAGAUUUAGUCGUAUCAAUUGUUAAUAACCAUCUUACAACUC